UGUGGGAGUUUCAUCGCUGCAUCGUGGCGUACAGAGAGACAGCAGCUGUGUCACACUGAGCCACGUUAUCAGAUGCCAGGACCAAGAGAUGAUCCUCCAACAGAUGUCGCCAUAGGAAGACAACACAUGGCUUCUACAGGCAGUGACAUCCGGAUUCAGGGAGAUGAUAACCUUCAGUCCAUGCUACUGGGGACGGUGAUGCGGAAAAUCAAGUCUCGCACCUGGAAAAAGCAGCGAUAUUUCAAACUGCAGGACGACUGCAUGACCAUCUGGUAUAAAUCUAAAAAGGCUGGGAAUGCCCACAGCACGUUUUCAGUGAGCGACGUGGCGGCAGUGAGAGAGGGCCACCAGAGCGAGGUACUGCUCAGCAUUGCCAAUGAGUUCCCAGCUGACAGAUGCUUCACGUUGGUGUUCCGUGGUCGAAGGAGCAACCUGGACCUGGUGGCUGAGUCAUCCGAGGAGGCCCAGUCCUGGAUCAAGGGCAUGAGGAAGCUGAUUGAGAAUUUGGAAAACAUGGGAGAAAGGGAAAAACUGGACCAAUGGAUCAGUGAUUGGUUCAAGAAGGCCGACAAGAACCACGAUGGCAGGAUGAACUUCAAGGAAGUGCGAGACCUGCUGAAAAUGAUGAACCUGGACAUGAACGAACACCAUGCUCUUCAUCUUUUCACAAUGGCAGAUAGAUCCCAGACUGGCUCCCUGGAAGAUGAUGAAUUUGUGUUGUUCUACAAGAUGCUGACCGAGCGGGAAGAUAUUUUAAGAGUUUUCCAGGAGUACUCGACUGAUGGUCAGAAGUUGUCCCAAUGUGACCUGGAGGAAUUCCUGAGUGAGGAGCAAUUGGAGGAAGGCAACAUCCAGCAACAUGCCCAGCAACUCAUUGACCGCUAUGAGCCCUCAGACACAGCCAAGCUGAUGAAGGCCAUGACAUAUGAUGGGUUCUUGAUGUACCUGGGCUCCUCUGACGGCUCCAUCUUCAACCCACAGCGGCGGGGUAUCUUCCAAGACAUGAGCCAGCCGCUGUGCCAUUACUUCAUCUCUUCCUCUCACAACACAUAUCUCAUGGAGGACCAACUCAAAGGACAAAGCAGUGUGGAGGGAUACAUCAGGGCUCUGAACCGUGGCUGCCGAUGUGUAGAAGUGGACUGCUGGGAUGGUGCCAAUGGAGAACCCAUUGUCUAUCAUGGACAUACAUUCACCUCAAAGAUACUCUUUAAGGAUGUGGUCAUUGCAGUGGGAAAUUAUGCCUUCAAGGUAUCGGAACAUCCAGUCAUUAUGUCCAUUGAGAACCAUUGCAGUGUUGAGCAGCAGAGAGUCAUGGCCCAACAUCUCAGUCACAUCCUUGGCGAUAAACUACUUAAAAAUGCACUGGAUGGAAAGGCCCCAAUCAGGUUGCCGUCUCCCCAGGAUCUCAAAGGAAAGAUUCUUCUAAAGGCCAAGAAAAUUGGUGGUCUUGAGGAGAAUUUCAAUGGGAUGGUUGGAGACUCUCUGACUGGAGAGGUCAGUGAAGAGGACGAGGCGGCGGAAAUAGAUGACGAUAACCAACAUCGUGAGAGUAUACGGUACAGGGUGAAGAGGUCAAAGCAGCGCUUGUCGAAGGAGUUAUCGGACUGUGUUGUUUACUGCAAGAGUGUCCGUUUCAGGAGCUUCAAACACUCCCGCAUCCAUACCAAGUUUUAUGAAGUUGCCUCUUUCACGGAAUCCAAAGCCCGAAAGCACUUGCGAGAGGCAGGAGCAGAUUUUGUGCAUCACAACUCACAGCAGCUGACCCGGGUUUAUCCCACGGGCUUCCGAACGGACUCUUCAAACUUUAACCCUCAAGAAAUGUGGAACGCUGGAUGCCAAAUUGUUGCGCUGAACUUCCAGACAGCUGGUGAGGGUAUGGAUUUGAAUGAUGGCUUGUUCAGCCAGAAUGGCGGAUGCGGAUACGUCCUGAAGCCCAGCUUUAUGAGAGACCCUGAGAAAAGGUUUGACCCCGACAUGCCACAACAACGCGACGACUACCAGCCUGUUGUCUUCACUGUCCAGGUGAUCAGCGGCCAGCAGUUGCCCAAAGUCAACAUCAAGAAGGAUUCUAUUGUGGAUCCUCUGGUCAGAGUGGAGAUCCAUGGGGUUCCAAAGGACCAGGCUAAGCAGGAGACCAGAUACAUCGACAACAAUGGAUUUAACCCUGUCUGGUAUGACACGCUGCGCUUCACCAUCCAUACCCCUGAACUUACUAUUGUGCGCUUUGUAGUAGAAGAUUAUGACAAGACGUCAAAGAACGACUUUGUGGGGCAAUACACGCUCCCCCUCAGCUGUAUGCAACAAGGUUAUCGUCAUAUCCACCUUUUAUCUAAAGAUGGGACCAGUAUUUCUCCUUCAUCCUUGUUUGUACAUGUCAGGAUCACAAACCUGGAAUAA